AUGUCCAAGAAGGAUGUGGCAUGUUUCUGGAUCGUACUGCUCCUGUGCCAAGAGCUACGGACCGACCCGAUCGCAGAGAUGGGAUCAUCCUCCGGUAUCCUGAUUCAAGAGACCUCAGGGUUCAUCUUGACAGAGAAGAGGAUCAUGACCCGACGUGUGUUCGUCAGCUUGGACCCCAAGAUUUCCAUCGAGAAGGCAUACAACAUUUCAUCGAUGCAGCUUCCUGAGUUACAGACUUGGUAUCAGAUGCACCUCCAAAGAGCACAGGACCAUGUGCAAAACAUCUUGGAACAAGCCCGGAAACCAUUUGUAUCCAGUACUAUUUUGAUGAGCAACCGACCCAAAAGGUUCCUCACCGCUAUAAUUGUUGCAUUAGUUUGUGCCACUGUCGGUGCAGUUGUCGCAACUGGAAUGUCUGCAACCAACUCUAUUACUGUCCAAAAGCUGGAUAUGGAAAUAUAUGCGCUAAAGCAACACAUUAACGAUAUUCAUCAGGUGAUAAAACAGCAAAGAACACUUCUCCAAGAUGUGUUAACUAUUGUGCAAGACACAGUUGUUACAACAAAUUUGCAUUCGGAGUUAAUUGCCAAAUCCACUGAGUUGCACCAAAGUCAUGACUUAUUUAAGCGUGAACUUCUAUUUCUGCAUGACCCAAUAUUGUUCCACACACUUGCUUUUCUUGACGAAGUGCAAACUGGAAUGAUCGAAUUGGCAGGGGGACGCAUACCUCUGUAUUUUGUAUCCAAGGAUAUUGUUCAUGCGAUGCUUACCAAUGUGGAUAGAGAGACAAUUGAGCCUAUGCAAUUAAAUCUGGCCUUUGAGACGGGGAUCGCUAUACCUCUCUUAAUUGAUCCAGAACGUAUGGAGAUUUGCUUUUUUAUUAGCCAUACCAUAUGUAACUCCCAAAAACAUUUUUCAAAUGAAAAUAAUGUACUAUGUUAAUAAUAAUGUUAUGGUUGAUUGUACUAAGUGUAAAGUUCAAAACUCUUACAGGUACAAAUAUAUACAAAAAUGUUCAUUCCACGCACGGGCCUAUGUUAGAAAUGAUGGGAUUGCACAAUAUGUCUGGUAACUUCUAUAGUGCUUAUUCAUAAGCUAAAUUAAUUUUUGGCUAUGAAAUGCACUAAAGGGGGGUUAUGUCAGGGUAUUUAUAUCGGCAGACAUCUUGUGCUAUGAUAGAAAUUAAAAGUGUAUAUGCUGAGUCACUUUUGAACAGAGCAGACUCCAUUUUGUUAUUUUCAAGCUAACAAAAGACACAAGAUUUCUAUCUGUAAAACUAACCACUUUCCCAGAGCUAAAGGAAUGCAUAGUAUAUACAAACUAAGUGAUAAGGAGAACGGGGGUUGGACAGACUGUCUAAAAUGCUAAUGGAAUAUAAUCAAUUCUAAACCCAGACAUUUGUAACAGAGAAGAUUACAUAAUUUAAUUUUACUUUUUAUAUUGUAUAACCUCCCAUUGUAGUUUAAGGUGAAACUUAGUUUACGAACUGUCAUAUUAGAAAUUAUAGCAGGAAUUGCGGACACUAAUAAUGAGAAAAUACCCAAAGUUAAGGGUGUGUGGAGAGAAAAACAAAAGUCCAGCUCCCACAGCACACUCAAAUAGGGGUGUGCCAACUGAGGGAAUGUAUAAACUCCCCUGGUGUUCUUAGAGUAGAUAGAAAUAGAAAUAAAUAUAAAAAUAAAAAAUGCUUUAUUGAAAAACUAUAUACAAGUUAAAUAAAAUACAUGGGGAGAUGGCUCACGGUCCGUGAGUCUAUAUAAGUGCAAUUGGAGGCCGCCUGGUAGGUAUGGCAAAGGGGUAGCUGUAUGGCAAUACUGUAAAUAGAUAGCUGCUUAGAAAUAUGUAUACUAAAAAAUAACAUGUCAUAAUAAAGUAUCCAUGGUGUAACAUAUAUCAAGGAGCCCUUAAGUAAAUCAGGAUGUCUGCAUAGAAUGUGCUCAAACUGCUAUUAUGGGAAUAACACCGAAUAAAUAAGAUGUAACUCCCUGAAGUUUGUUGCAGGUUAUAAGUCUAUUAGAUAGAUGGUAAAUCAGUCGAGCAAAAAGAUGCUGACUCCACUAGUGAGAUAGCCUGGGAUCAAAGGUAUAUACAUACACAAAUAGAGAGAAGUAGAUUUGAAAAGAUUCCUCCUAUGUAUAGAGAUACCCAGGUAACUCAAUUCCUCUAGAGGAUAGUCAGCCCCACACUUCUAGAGUGGUAUCAUGUCUGCAGCUUCAAAGUAAAUAGCAACAUAGAGAGGUAGAUUGUUAGAAUGUUGUCAAAACUCUAUAUACCUUAACUUUGUUGCUUGAAAACAAUACAAUGUUGCAGUAAAGAUGAACUGAUUGCCUAAUGUUACAGGAUUACCCCUGCCUCCUACGUGAACAGGAACAGCAUCUCACAGCCGAAAAGCACAUAACCCCCAGAUAACCAGCCCCAUGUAG